AGUGGAGUGCAGAGAGAAAAGAAAAAAUAAGGAAGGAAAUUCAACGUCUCCCUCACAUUCUGUAUCUCAAGCUUUCAAUGCCUCCGUUGAUAAACAAAGCUAUCAAAUCUCCAAACACACUUCCUCCCCGCCGCCCCAAAACUCUCAAGGACCAAACCCCACCCAAACCAAAGGCAUGGAAUCCCAGCUCACCGGCAGAACCACCGGAAAUGCCUUCCCUGGCCGAGUGGAUAUCGAUCAGAUGCCUGAAACCCCACAGCGUGGCUCCCAUCAUCGGCGGGCGCAGUCCGAGACCUUCUUCCGAUUUACCGACGACAUCCUUUUCGACACUGAUGUCGACUUCAACAUCUCCGCUCUCGACAUCCCUUCUCUCUCCGGAGAUAACAAUAUCACAAACGGUGGCGUCCCCAUGACCAUCGAUUCCGCCAAAUCCGACGAUUCCACCGGCGACAAGGGCAAGGGCAAGGCCAAGUUGGCUGGUGGGUCCCAUUUCAGGAGCCUCUCCGUCGAUGCUGAUUUCUUCGAGGGUUUAGGGUUUCAACCGUCGCCGGUCGGUGGUGGUAGCGGUGGAGCUGAAUUUGAUAAGUUUGGCGGGAAAGGUGGAGUCCCCGAGAAGAGGAUGCAUAGGCAUAGCAGUUCCAUGGAUGGGUCGUUAUCUUCCUUUGAGGUUGAGUCGGCUGACAGUAUUAAGUCCAUGGGACCUGAUAAACUUGCGGAGUUGGCCUUGAUUGAUCCUAAGAGAGCCAAGAGGAUUCUUGCAAACCGGCAAUCCGCAGCACGGUCAAAGGAGAGGAAGAUUCGAUAUACUAGUGAGCUGGAGAGGAAGGUGCAAACACUUCAGACUGAGGCAACCACCCUGUCAGCACAAGUCACAUUGCUGCAGAGAGACACAACUGGUUUGACUAGUGAGAACAAAGAACUCAAACUGAGGUUGGAGGUUAUGGAACAACAAGCACAGCUACGAGAUGCUCUGAAUGACACCUUGAGGGGGGAAGUACAGCGGCUCCGGAUAGCUACUGGCCAAGUACCAAUUGUCAAUGGUAACUCCUUCAACCGAGGAUUGCCUCCCCAGUUCUUCCCUGCAUCCCAACCUUUGAGCCAUUUUGGCAACAAUCAGACCCAGCAGCAGCUCCGCACUCAGACAUCUCCCAAUGGUCAAACUCUAGGGGGACAGUCCCAACAGGAUUUCCAGCCGAGAACCUAGUUGCAUCCUUGGCCCUGCAAAUUUUGUGCGAAAGUUUCGUUUUUAUGACAAAUUGGUGGUUACAAGUUAGAAGGUAAAUUGUUGUUGGUUGAUUUUGUAUAUAAUCUGUAUAUAAGUAUAUGUAUAUGUAUAUCUGCUGCAGGUAGGGUUGUGAAGAGUGUCUUAACUCGGAUCAGUCCCUUGCAUCGUUUAUACAUAUAGGUAUGCUUUCCUUAGAAUCCGAAUAAUGUAGCAGAUCAAUUAGCUUCUGAUGGACCAUCAUGUGGAUGGAUCGAUGGAUGGAUGGAUGGAUGAACAUUUUAGUCCAAUUCUCAUUAGGAAAUGUUGGAGACCAGUUACCUUC